AUGAAUUCUUGGGCAGUUGGAAUGAGUACUACUCAACUUAGUGGAUCCUUCAAUGCAUUUUUGAAGGAUUAUCUGAAUUGUGACCAUAACUUGAUGGAGUUCUUCAUGCAUUUUGAGAGGGUGCUCUAUAAAAAGAGGUAUAAAGAAUUGGAAACCGAGUACAAUUUGUCCCAAAAAUUGUCGAGGGUUUCAAUUCCAACUUUGAGGUUAAAGCAAGUGGCAGAGAUUUACACCAAAACAAUUUUUGAGGAAUUCGAAAAUGAGUACGUGCAGUCCAUUGAAGCAUUAAUUAUAGGCACUAUUAAUGAUGGUGAGAGUACCAUAUUUACAAUAAGAACAGUGGUAAAUGGGAAAAAAGAUAAGAAUGUGACAAUGGAUAAAGAUGGUUCUUUGAGUUGUAGCUGCAGGAAGUUUGAAGUGAAGGACAUAUUGUGUCGACAUUGUGUGAAGGUGCUUAGAGAUAUAUUCAAUGCAACGGGACUUCCUCCACAAUAUAUACUCAAACAAUGGACUAAAAAAGUAAGGGCUGAAAGUGUGAAAGAUAGACAUGGGUAUGAAGUGAAGGCUGAUGUGAAACUACAUCAAAGCGAUCGAUAUCGGUCAUUAGUGACUAUGUUUAGAGCAAUAGCGAGUAGAGCCACUAAAAGUGAAGAAACUUAUCAUUUGUCAGUUUCAAAAGGUGAAGAAUUGAGUGUAAUGGUUGAAGACAAAUUAAGUGUCCACAUUUGUAGUCAAGUGGAGGUAACUGAUUUGAGAAAUUCGUCAAGUAACACAUGCCCACAGAGUGAUGAAGUAGAUUGUCUAAUUCAAGCUAAGGGACUCAAGAAAAGAGAAUCAACUAGUAAGGGAAGAAGGAGGAUCAAAGGUGGGAUGGAAAAAUCUAUUGCAAAAAAGAAAAGCGAAGAAAAGCAUGGUGCUGCUGUUUAUACUCCCCAAUGUCAAUCUCAGCCUCCUUUCGGCAUGGGAAAUAAUUCUAUUCAGGGUGUUGCCGUUUAUACUUCCCAAGGUCACUCUCAACCUCGUUUCGUCAUGGGUAGUAAUUCUAUUCAGGAUCAUGGUCAUGGUGCCUAUAUUUUUCAAUCUCAACCUCAAGCUCAAGUUGUCAUGGGUGGUACAUGUGGUCCUCCUCUUAUGUAUGGUACAUAUGAUGGAAAUAACACGCCUCGGUCAAUGCUUUUUGUCUAUCCCACUCACACAUCCUUUCAGGAGUUGCUUCAAGAUACAAGUGUUCAACACUUUACAGUCCAAGUCUCGCAAGCCUCACAUAGUCCUGCUGACAGUCAUGUAGAUGGACAUCCCUGA